CUGGCUCUCUCCUUCUCUAUCUCCCCUCCCCUCUCAAUUUCCCUCUGUCUCUAUUGAAUAAUAUAUAUUUUCAAAUAAAGGGGCUGAUGUUUACUAACUGGAAACUCCUACAAGAAUCAAAUAAAUUUUCAAAAGCAGGGGAAAGCCCCAAAGCCCUGUGUUCAAGGGAGAUAGCAUAUGGAUGGCUGAGGGUGAGAGUUUCUACAUAGAGUUUAGGGAGAUAUGAAUGUGAACCCAUCAGAUGACUACAGUCUUGCAAAACAUCAUUCCUGGGGGCCAAGCGGUAGCACAGCAGGUUAAGCGCACAUGGUAUGAAGCACAAGGACCAGGUUAAGGAUCCAGGUUUGAGCUGCAGGCUCCCCACCUGCAGGGGACUCCCUUCACAGGCAGUGAAGCAGGUCUACCGGUAUCUCUCUUUCUUUCUUUCCCCCUCUGGAUUCCCUUCCUCUCUGGAUUUCUCUCUGUCCUAUUUAAAAACAGCCACUAUAACAACUACAUCAAUGGGCAAAAUGGCCUCCAGGAACAAUGAAUUCAUAGUGCAGGCACCAAGUCCAGCAAUAACCUUGGGGGCAAAAAAAAAAAAAAAUCCUCAGCAUAAACAACAAUUUCCUCCAAUUAAUUGUCAUUCUUAUGAAUGGUGGUUUCAGUGUUUUCAUAGGUCACUGUCCAUUAUGAUUUACUGAGGUAAAUGUAACCUAGAAAAAAAUGGUAAAUGUAAAAGCAUCACUGAGAAUCCCCUCAGGUGCUUUACCUGGACUCACCAUUUCAUGGUCUUUUCCCACCCUCAAGGAGCCUGUCCAUCUGGAGCAGAUGACUUCAGAGACCUCAAGGCAGCGGGUCUCCAAUCCCAAGCAGCAGAGAAGGAGCCAGCAGGGGAGAGGUGUCAUUGCUGAUGGGAGAGGCUCCUGGAUGGGAUUCCGGGGCAUCACCAGGAACUCCCAGCCCCUGGGAACCCUGUUGGAUGAGCAGACCUUCUCCUUCAUGUAUCAGCAAGAAGCCACCUGGCAGCAGUCCCUGUUCAUGCAGAUGCGCGUGGCUCCGGUGAUACUGCGGGGCCCAUCCAUGCUGGCCCUGAGCUCAGCUCAGUGCCCCCCAUCUGUGCGGGUCCCUAGGGGCCGGGGAGCCUGCAGUAGACCACAGGAUAGCAGCAGCACGGUCCUGCAUUGUUCCAGUUACAGCAUCUUCACUGGAGUGACUGGCCCCAUAAUAUGUGUUCUUGCACAGCAUGAGAUGUGUCUGACUUCUAAGGAAAAUGAGACGCCAGACACAGUGAUGGGGCACCAACAAGACUGUGGACAGGAAAUGGGUGAGCUGCCAACCACUGAGCUGCUGUCCCAGAGACCACAAGACUCCACUUCUGUCUUCAUCAUCACAGAGCCCUAUGAUCUGGAGCAGACCUCUGAGGAGACCCCAGGUGCUGAGAUGAGUCAUCACCUGUUCAUUUGCUUGUUCAGAAACUUGUCUCUUGUUGGUCACCACCACAUCCACAUCAACCUCUGUUCUCAUUUGCUUGUACAGACACAUUAUGAUGUGAGGGCGUGUGUUUUCAGACACAAUGGGAAUAAUAUUGUCAUCUGUUAGGUAAGAUUUGGCCCAAGAGACAUUGUUAUAAGGAUACUAGGAUGCUUUCGAGGCAGAAGGCACUACAGAAGUACAUAGGGGACAUGAACAAGGAGUUCAUGCAUCACCAGACUCUGGAUCAGUGCUUGCAGCAUCCUUCUGUGCAUGAAGGGGACUGGAGGUCUGUGAAGUGGAGGCAUGCCCAGUUGGCACUACUGGUAGCCAUCUUCCAGGAAAUCCAAGAGGCUGAGUGAGCUAUAGAGGAGCUAGCCUCGAUGUGUGCAGGUAAAUGAAAUGUGUUGGUUUUCUAAACUGAACAGCUUUGCUGGAUUCAGUCUUUUAAGGACCUGAUAAGUCAUAAGCUGUAUACUUGGAAAAGACAGGACUCAACUCUUAAUUGUUUUAAGUAUUCCAACUACUAGAAAUCUAUCACUAGAGUCCAAGGUUUUGUAAUGCUUGGGUUUAUUGUACAGACGUUUGUUGAGCUUGGUCCUACAUGUCACCACCUACAGUGGUACCAGUUAGAGGGUUUAAAUAAUCUAGGCAUUGUUCAAUCAGCUCCCCCAAAGCACUCUGACCUCAUUGUCUUCAGUCUCCUUCAAUAUGGUUACCCUCCUCAGUUUUCUCUUUUUAAAUAAUUAUUUAGUGAGAGAGCAUGCACACUGGUUAGCUCUGGUUUGUGAUGUUGGGGUUUGAGCCUAGGAUCUUGGAGCCUCAGGUAUGGAUGUCUUUUUGUAUAUCCAAUAUGCUUUCUCCACAAUCCCCCUGUGCUCUGUUCUGGUCCUUAACCUCCUCCCCUUCUCCUUUAACAAGAGCGCCAUAUUUUGUAAUUUUUAUACCUCAUGUGGUAGUGAAAAUAGGCUUUAUCAUAGACUUUAGCAUUUUGUGGUUGUAUCAAUAUCAAGAAAUUACAUGACGUUGGAUUUUAUACUUCGGUAAAUAGAACACAAAGCACUUUUAUUUGAUUGUAAACGACAGAGUUCUAGAACAAUAGUUUGCUUUUUUAUUCUAGGACAGUGGUGCUCUCGUUUGUGGUGAUGCCAGGGAUUGAACCUGGGGCCAAGGAACUUCAGGCAUGAAAGUCUUACUUAACCAUAUGCUAUCUCCUACUGAUGUUUGCCAUAUAUACAUAAGUAGAGAAAAUCCCAAUUAAUUUCAAAACUUAACUUAUUUGGGUUGAUAUUUAUUUAGGCACCUCCUUUCUCAAUGUGUUGAUUAAUUACCAGUUUCUGUAAUUACUUACAGACAUUUAAAUCAUAACCUUUUGGGGGUUAAGAUUAUUUUUUUUCAUACAAGAGGACAUACUUAUUAAUUGAAAAUUUUAAUGAUUCUAACUGUUCUUUAGUGUAAUGAUACUUUUUGCUUAUAACUGAAAGUAUAAUGGCAAACAUUUUUUCUUCUUUUAUAUUAUUAUUAUUUCUUUUUUUUAUUGGGGAAUUAAUGUUACA